AUGGUUCAGUUGUUGAUCAUCAGCUUCGCUUUAAUCUUCGCUUCGGUGAUGUUUCUCUCUGAAGCAAAAGAAACAGUCGGAAAGGUAAAAAAAUGGAAACUUUAUGUUUGAAAUUAAUACUUACUUUAUUAAUUUUGCUUUCAUCUCUUGUUUUAUGGUACGUUUGAUUCUUGAGGCUUUGAUAAAAUUCAGUCCACGGCCCCGUUUAAGAAGCCUGGUUUCUUUAUAUGGUCACAAAUUGGCAAUUAGCAAGAGUAUAACAUUAAUUUUGGUUUAAUCUAUAUGAUACUUAUUAGGAAAUCUUAGCAGACAAAAUUACGCUUAGCCACAGAGUAUGGUAAGUUUUUAAUAUAACAUCAGUACGUGGUGCAAAAUUAAAACAGCUUCUAAAUAUUUUAAAAGUAACAAGAUAUCAUGCAAUUUGAAGGCAUAAUUAUUUAUAUAUAUUUAUUUAUAAUAUAUUGAGCAUAUCAGUUCUUGAAUUUGGAUAUUUUUUUUCACUUUCUUUCAGUUACUGAAUCGUGGAAAUCAAAUUUUACUCCACAAAAGAAGUAUCUACACGAAUCCUUUGUUAGGUGAUUACAGUUUUUUGUUGGAUAAAUAACUCUUUAAAAAGGGCUAUUAUACUAACAGCUUGUUUUUCCAAGUUAAGAUCAUUUUUAAAAAUUGGUUAAAAUUGCUAAUUGUAGACUGCAAAACGCGUAUUCAAAUACACGCGAGCAGUCAAACAAAAGGUAGGCUUUUCUCUCGCCUCACGGGCGUGUAAAAGUCGCACGCGUCGUGCGCGUAACACUCUUACGCCACACUUUACCGAUUACGUUACGCUUUACCUAUUUCUUUACUGGUUUUGAGAAAAAAACCGACUGUUUUGCAGUCUAUGCUAAUUACAGCUAAUUCCGUAUUCAGUGCGGUUCUAGGCGAACAGUUUAGUGCGCUUUCCGCUGCCAUCAGAGUUAUCUUGACUAUUUUUAGAGGUUGGAGGCAAUUAGAAAAACUCUUUAUAGUACGUGCCUAGUGUGUGGAUUAUGCCAACAUUUGAAAGCUUGUCAGUGCAUGUAUACAAAGCUUUAGUACCGGUAUUCAAAUUAGUGGAUGGAAAUUUGGAAAUUUGGCGCGUUUUGAUUGGGUCUCGUAACUCGGAAAAUCAUUGGCAGAUUUAGCAAAAAAGAGGUGACGAUAAUCUCUAUCAACGAAGGCGAGCGCAGAUCUGAAAACUGACUCGACAAAUAGCAGAGUGGUAAAUUGAGUACCGGAAGUAGUGUUCAGCCUUUUUCGCGCGCUUUAGCAUUUUCACUGACGUCGUGUUGUCUGCUUCUUCACUCUUUGGUAACUUGGGUCAAAAUGGAGUCUUGUUUCGCGAGAGUUUUGGAAGGCGAGAUUUUAGCAAUAAAUGAGGCGACUGUUCUAACAAAUCACCAAGAAAACUAUGAAAUUAGGCUUGUCGGUGUCUACUGGCUGGUAGAAAAUUAUGUUAUUAUUAGUUGCAAUAAAAUGCACUUGGUAAAUGGUAAAAAUCCCCGAAAACACUGUCAAUUAAAACGUAAACAAAAUACUCAAUAAAUGAAAUCUUUUAUUUUCAAAAAUUAGUCCUUUUUCUUUGUUUAUUCAACUGACUGGGUCAGGGUCUGUGAAUACAUGAGUUAUAUACCUGUAAGCUUUGCGGCUCGGUAUACCACUACUAUUCACCUCACCUUAGGGAGACAGUUGUAUAUUAUAUUCGCGCUCAUUGCGGUUUCAUAUAGAGGGCCCUAUAGGGUACAGUAGUUUUCCGGCGAACCCUUUGUGCGACACGGCGCUGAAUCUCCGAGCGGCUGGUGACGCAAAAAAGGAUAUCUCUGAUCUUUGUGCAAUUUCUUCUGAAAAUAUAAAAUUGACAGUGUGGCUUUCUUUCAAUUUAGUGUACCGCUGCUCCCUUCCUCUUGGUUUGGAGAAUGGCCAUGUAUCAGAUGCAGCGUUUUCUGCGUCCUCCAGCCUUCAAGCUAAAUAUGCUCCAGCAAGAGCGAGAUUGAACUUACAGGGUAGUAGUAAAGGAUAUGGAGCCUGGUGUGCAAAAACUAACGACGGCAAACAAUGGCUGCAAAUUGACUUUGGAGAGCUGGUGCAAGUGACUAAAGUUGCAACCCAAGGACAACAGGACGGUAACAACUGGGUAACAAAGUUCACUCUCUCUUACAGCAUGGACGGAUAUGUGACCCGGCUCAUGUUCCUUUUGUCACAGUGCACCCAGUCACUAUUAGUAGUUGACGAAGUAACAUGGACAAAACUGAUGAGACAGUUCUAUCUAAUUUUUUUUAACUUUUGCCCCACAGGAGCAUCCCCUCAAAACAGAAAAGAGUAAGACCCCUCCACACUCCCCUAUUCAAUAUUGCUUUGGUUUAAAAACUGGCGUGUAUAAUUCUGGUGUUAAACAAAACUGGAUAAGAGGAAGGGGGAAAUGGUCAUUCAGUUUGGCGACGGUUUCUUUAUUUCCCAGAAUGACAGGAAAACUGAAUAGGUAUUGUUUUGAAGGAAUAGGUAUUGUUUUGUCCAAAGUUUUAGGUAUUACCUUUUUGAUGUCCUUAUCAUAGUCAAAAAGCCCAUAAAUAUGUAUUGGAUCUGUAAUACGUAACUUUCUUAUGGUAUAAUGAAUGUUCUCAUUUUGCCAUGACUUGUAUGUCACGUUUAUUGCUUAAUAAUUCCUGGCAAUUUAAUUCUUUCCCUGCCUUUGUUUUCUUUGCUCUAUCCCUCUUUACUAUAUAAUAUAUUUUAAACUUUUUUAUUUCUUUGUUUCAGGCCUUUUCAGGUAACACGGACAGAAAUACAUUAGUGGAACACUUACUGGUGACAGCAUUCAAUGCUCGAUUCAUUCGCUUUCACCCAAAAACAUACAACGGAUAUACUUGUCUAAGAGCUGAGGUGUAUGGUUGUCGAAAUGGUACGUUAAUCAGUUUAGUAUGAUUUAAGUUGAAAUUACUUUCGAAGAGUUCAUUCUGUGUACAUAAUGUCUAAACAAUAAAUAUUGAACGUGAUUAACUGUAGGGAGCAAUAGUAUGGAAUCGGAAAAGAUAGAGCAGGCAAACUGCACGAACGAAACUUGGUUAAAUAGAGGCGAUUUGAUUAGAAACAAAGAGCAGCAUCUUUGAGUCAGGAUCACGUCUCAUAUCCGUAAUGACUAUAGAAGAAAAAAUUAAUCAGACGACGCGCCAUGAUGUGAAUCUCGUCAUAUUUAAUCGGAAAACAGGACAACGAAGGACAGCAGUACACUUCGUAAAUGCCGUUUUAUUUUACCAAUUUGGUUACUAAGUAAGAGAUAAGUAAACGAAAUCACUUAUAAUUAGUAACAUGUAAUUCACCUCUUUAUGAAUGUAAUGAAUUAAAAUUAUUGCCCCGCCACGCAGGGAUUUCGCCCGGAAGGCGAAAUCCCGAGGAUGCACUCUAGUAACUCGCGCGUAUAUUAAGGAAAGUACUUACAGUUGAAAUAUACAGUCAUACAGUCAAUAUAGAAAAAAAUCUCGGUUUGCUUGAACAUGGGCCGCGAGAAAUCGGUAGGUAAUGAUGACGUUUCUAUUGUUUGCGCCCUCAAGCACGAAAUGGUUAGGAUGACGUAAAACACAAAAAAUCCCGAAGGGACCGCUUACAAUAGGUAGCCUUUUGUGCAGUCAUACUUCGAUACUCUUCUGCGUUACUUGUUAUCAGUGACAUUCUGUGGAGCAGUUGUUAUGAAAGUUAUGGACCAAAAGACACUCGUUAAGCACAGAUGAAGUUAUAAGGUGCGUGUAACAGUGUAUAUUUUAAAACCAAGUGAGUUUUGCCAGACACGAGUUCACAAAUCUUGGAUUGGAAACCUUGCCAGACACUCUUUCUCUUUCUUUGACUGGAAUAAGACUCGGCCCCAAACAAGCAAGACGAGUGAAUGAUUCAACGGCUAGGUUAUCACUAGCAGAACGAUGGCGAUAACAGAAAUUCGCCGAUCAUCAAAUUCUGUGCUGACUUAUUCCUUGCUCACAGAUGUCCUUUCGCUAUAAAGUUUAAAAUAAGACUAGAAUGUGCGAGCGUGAUUUGAUCAAACGUUCUUUUAUUUUCUAAGGCUUACUUUCCGGCAAAUAAAAUGAACUAAAUGUAAAAAGUGAAAUAGAAAUAGCGAAAAAUUAAACUUCUAAUUAAAUAUUUUCUUAUGGUUUGGAAUAAACUACCGGUAUUCUCCAUCCUCGGAGACCCAGGGACAGACUGUGCAUGGAACCUUGCGUUUCCUGAAUUUAUCUCAUCUAUUGUAUGGAAUAUGUGUGAACAUCUUCAUUAUGAAAUCGGUAUAUUUCAAAGAGCUACACAACGAGCAAGAAUACUAUUGCCCGACAAUAUACAGAGCGGGGUCAGCUGUAGUGUCAACUAUUACUAGUCAUAAUAAAUAGUGGAAUUAUUUUCAAAAUCAAUCAGCUGCCUCAAUUGGUCCCAACAAAUACGAUUACAAGUACUUGAUCACUUGGUGUCUAUUUUUGUAGUUCACAGUUGUUCAAUGCCACUUGGUGUGGAGGACAUGCGCAUUUCUGACAGUGCAUUCACAGCUUCGGGCAGCUACGACAACAACCACAGACCUUCUCUUGCGAGACUAAACCUUUUAAGUGACGGUAAACAUAUCGCUGCUUGGUGCCCUAAAGUUAAAAGUUCUAAUCAGUGGCUGCAGAUCAACCUAGGGGAAAUAACUGCUGUCACUAAGGUGGCAACACAAGGGCGGUAUAACAGCGAGGACAGAGUUAAAACAUACAAACUGUCGUACAGUGUGGACGGGAUUCAUUGGACUUGGUACAAACAACGAGCCGUAAAUAAGGUAACAAGAGAGAUUCCAAAUGAUAUGGGAUUCAUGAAGCCAAAGUCUAUUCCAGCAGUAAACGAAUAACCUAUGAAUAAGUUCUCGGUUGUAGACUGGAGCUGGGAGAGGGCUUAAGUCUAUCAGUCAGUCAGUCAAACGGACUACAAUACAGACUGAGACUGCUGGAGUACUUGUGAUCUGUGCGUAAUUUGACUUAUGCACUGUGAGUAAUAAACCGGCUGAUAGCUGACUGACUGAUGAUUGAGACGGGGUGCAUCGAUUUGUGUUGAUCUAUCGUCUAUCAAUAGAACUGGCCAACAAAACUACUCUUAUUUCGGAUUUUAAAGUGAUUUUCUGUAUUUGGACGCAAAUUUAUACGUAAUUAAACAUCAAUUUAUACAAGCUUACUAAUGCCGUUUUUUGUAACAAAGCAAAAAUUAUAUAGAACCUUGAUAACAUUAAAAACACACAUUGAAAAUUACAUGGUAAUUUAAACAUUGAAACCAAACUUCAAACAUCUUCACGAAAAUCGAAACAUGAGCCGUUACCCUAAAUCAUCAGUUUUGGUUUUGAUAAAGCACCAAAAAUAGGAUCUUAGGACUGUGUAGAAAUUUACAGGGUAGGUAUUUGAAGUUUUUAAACGAAUAUAAUGGCAUCCAGUCGAAAGUAAACUAUACAAAUGUAACUGCUAACUACUCAUCCACUGGGGUAGAGUCUUCACAACUGUUAACUACACUGUAACUUUCCUCAGGUGUUUGCUGGGAACACUGACAGGAACACAGUAAUUAUACACACCUUAAAGCCCCACAUCGAAGCUCGCUUUAUCCGCUUUCAUCCAUUGACCCACAAUCUUAAUAUUCCUUGCCUGAGAACUGAACUGUAUGGCUGUCGAAGUGGUAGGUAUCUUGUGUUGCUUAAUAUGAUAGUAUGUUUCCAUCUUUCUUUUCUCUUAUUUCAUUGAUUCUUUAUCAGCAUCAACUGCAUUACUUGAUGUAACAUCACGCGUGAAAAAAGCUGCAAAUCUCUUAACCGUCUUUUCCUCAUUUCCGAUUGAAAGCUUUUUUGUGGAUAGUUUUACUGGAAUUUUGAGCAUUGAGCUACCAGCGGACGAACAACGCAAGCUAUCCAUAUUUUGAUAUCGUUUAAAUUUGAUAUUUUAUCUAGUGAAGAGCUGCCUAAUGCCAGUGGGGGUGGAAGACGGUAGAAUUCCUGAAGAAGCAUUCUCUGCAUCAUCAUAUCACAAUGCUAGCUACCUUCCAGACCGAGGCAGGCUUAAUUUGUUACCAAAUGGCGGGAAAUAUUGUUGGGCUGCUAAACAAAAUAAUGCCAAUCAGUGGCUUCAGGUGCGCAAUUGUGUCUACAGGCCAUUUAUAACAUUAUCUCUUAUCCAUUGACGCGUUGCUAGCUAACUUUGUUUUUACCACUGUAUAGUGCUCAGAGAAGUUGCAAUAAGGGCCAGUAGCAAUUAAAGCUUUGCAUUAUAGGGAGUCUUCCUUCCAUGAGCUGUAUAGCUAGAGUUUGCUAAAAAGUGUAUAUUUCAAAUUUCUCGGUGAAGAAUGAAAAUAUUGCACAUGACUAACAAAAGCAAACCCUUUGGUGAGUUUUUGAAAAAAGCAUCUUAUUUUGUCCUUUUGAAAUUAAGAUGUCUCAGUCUAAAUCAUAUUUAACAUCAGACGUUUUCCCAGCACUAUUCUCGUGAAGAUCUAGUUUGAAAACUGAAUGUUCAUUAAAUAUUAAAUUACAUUUGAUUCCCAUGGUUAAGAUCCUUUAAAACUGGUAUGUGAAACUGCAUUUUCGACUAAGAACAAUGGACUCACCUCUGUGUAUCCUCUAAUUCCAGGUUAAACUGGGUCGCCUGUUCAAAAUAAGAGGCGUGGCCACUCAGGGUCGCCAUGACGCUGACCAGUGGGUGACAAAGUUCUCAGUGUCUUAUACUGCAGACGACCUCAACUGGGUUUACAUCCGAGAAGACAGUCAAAUUAAGGUAAUAAAAACAGAAAAAAAGAUUAUUGACUGUUGUUUUAGGCGUGUAAUACUGUCACGGCAGCGUUAGCUUGCUAAAUGAGAGGCUGAUUAGCUGAAUGAUUAACUAUAAUAAUUAAACGAAUGGGUGAAUGAAUGAACUUAUGAUGAUUGAAUAAAUAAAUAAAUUAAAUAAGCAAGUGAUUAACUGAAAGGCUGAAUGAAAUACAGCUGACUAAGUUAUCGAUUAUGUUAUGCUAAUCGUCCGCACUUUUACCUAUUGCCUGCUAUUGCCCAAUUUCAAACCAAGCGGGGCGGGGUACGAGUCCGUGAAUUAGGGGACAAACAACAGGUAGCCCAAAUAGUCAAAAAGUACUUAACAAGCUUUGCAAAAGUCUCAAGUUUGGUGUUGAUCGGUCCAAUAUUCAACAAGAUAUCACUGUUUAAAAACUUGAAAAUUUACUAAGAGAUGUAUGGUCGAUUUACACAGCUUUGAUCAAAACAUUCACAGUUUCGAGAAUAGUUUAUUCUAAACCAUAAGAAAAGAUUUAAUUAGAAGAGUUGAAUUUUUCGCUAUUUCUCUUUCACUUUUUACAUUCAGUUCAUUUUAUUUGCCGGAAAGGAAGCCUUAGAAAUUAAAAGGAAACAACUGCUCCACAGAAUGUCACUGAUAACACGUAACGCAAAAGAGUGUUGAAGUAUGACUGCACAAUAAAUUCACAAAAUCUACCUAAGCGGUCCCUUGGGGAUGUAGACAGAAAUGCAGUAGGAUUGGUAAAGCAUGAACGCCCGCGUUUGUUAUCUUUGCAGUAGUAAUGGAUGGCUAAGGAGCGCCGGGGACAAGUUCGAAAUGGAGAUUUUUUCUAUAUUGACUGUAUGACUGUAUAUUUCAACUGUAAGUACUUUCCUUGAUAUACGCGCGAGUUACUAGAGUGCCUCCUCGGGAUUUCGCCUUCUGGGCGAAAUCCCUGCGGGGGCAAUGACGCGUCACUACCCGGAUCUGGGUAGUGCUGCUGAUUGGUUGAAUCAAAUUUCCCACGCGGCAUGACCAAUCAGAAGCACUACCCAGGUCUGGAUAGUGACACGUCAUCAGUAUGGAAUUUCUGUGCUUGUUUCUCAGACGAGACGUUAUUUCGCUGAGAAACCAGUGGUGGUGUCACGAAAUGUCGGCUCAGGCUAGACGUUAUUUAUCUCGAUUACCAGCCGCUGUUCGAGAAAUGAGCCCCCCUGUGAAUGGUUGUAUCUAGUUCAAUAUAGGCCUGAUGAACGCUUAACUUGAGGGUUUUGUAAAUGUCAGUUUCCUCUUUCCGACUACGUGGGUCUCGAGUGGUUUACAUCAUUAUUUCAAAGUUCAUCCACGGGUCAGAAUCCAGGCACGCAAGCCGCGGGCAGCAAUUGCCAGAAGUUGGUAAGAGUCGGUAAGGACCGGACGGAUUUUCUUUGUUUCUAAUCUCGCUUGCUGGGAUACAAACAGGACAAAUUUUAAGAGGAAAGUCGGACUGCAAGCAGUCUGUUAAGAACCAAGGUGGCAGAACAUUGCAAGCCUGUCAGAAUACAAAAAGGUUUUGUCCAGCACAAAUGACCUAUCUGACCUAUAUUGUCCCUCUUAUUAGCAUGCUAACUAAAGACUGACUGUUACAUUUGUUCAUUUAUUUAUUUCAUUUAUUUGAAUUUGAUUGGUUCUUCUGUAGGUGUUCUUUGGCAACAGUGAUAGAACUACAGUGGUCAAACAUUUCUUUCAUCCUGGCACGGGAAUCUUUGCUCGAAGUAUUCGUAUCCACCCUAAAGCUUGGCAUGGCCAUAUUUCAAUGAGGGUGGAGAUAUAUGGCUGUGAAGAAGGUGUGUAAAUUUUUCAUAUUUUAUCAUUCUCUUCCAUGAGGCUUUACCGGGGAACACCGUGCAGGGAACUUUGCCAAAAUAAGGCUUGCGACUUUUAGUCACUGUCCAGCAGUAUUGUAAAAAAUAAACUAGCCACGCCCUACCCCUCACUGACGCCUUGCGAAGAGGUUGUGAGUUCCUGAACGUCUCCUAAAAGUAAGGCAGACCAAACAGAUCGAAACGGAUGUGGAAUAAGGGCCAAGGACCAAAUGCCACUUUGCUCCUCAGAGACUCAGGUCUUCAUCACAUACCAGCAUGCCUCUUUCAAGUUUUUUUUCAGCUGCCGGUCUGAAAGACUACAAAUAGUCCCUUUUUUUUUUUUUGAGUCACGGUAGAUCGAGAGUACGCGUGAGAAGAGAGUGGCGAGGCUGCGAGGGCGGAAGCCCGAGCCAAGAAAAUUGCCCCCUGCGCUCCAAUCUCUCCUCCUUUUUACCAUUAAUUUGCAUAAUUCUACUUGUUCGCUCCGGGCGCGCGUGGCUCUGAAACCGUUCUGGAGAAAGAAGGACAACCGCUUGCGGUCCACCUGCGUUCCAAUUAUGCAAUGAGAGAUUUGUCUUUAACUGUUCUCAAUUAGACUUCUUUCUGGUCUUAAAGAAUUAAACAACUAUGACAAAGCGAAAAUAAGACGAAUGUACACAUUAGUUUCUCUUAGUUACAACGCAACACAAAAACUUUAUGAGCUGAUUACUGGUUCAAGAACACGAAGGAGAUUAAAGUUUAGGUAAUGGAAAACUCCAGCAAUUAGUCGCUAUCUCCAUUUGCGUCUUUUUGCCAAUGUGUGACUAUAGUUAGUAAAUGUGACAUAAGUUUAUAUGUAUUCGACAAGCAAUUUACAUUAAAACUGUUUUUUUUAUAACCCUCCAAUAAGUUGUCCUGUUCAGUAGCGGUAGGUUUUAAACAAAAAUGCUAAAGAUAAACCGAGUGUUGCCAAGCAUUACAUUUGUUUUCUGUCACCUAUUUUAUGUCAAACAGCUCGCAGUUGUUUUUUACCUCUGGGUAUGGAGAGUGGACAUCUGCCUGAUAGCUCAUUAUCAGCAUCAACAUCAGCCAACGCCAAUCACAUUCCUCAGUUUGGCCGCCUGAAUAAAAUACCAGCUAGUGGAAAAGCAGGAGCCUGGUGNGAUAAUUAUUUGGCUAAUGACUGCCCUGUGUUCUCUUCCUUUUUUCGUUAAUCGAGAAUAAACUUCUUUUUUAUAAGGACACCGUUGCUCCAUGUCGCUUGGAAUUGAAGAUGGCCGAAUUCAAGACAGCGCCAUUACUGCGUCCACCAUUCACAGCAGUGCCUUCGUAGCCCACCUCGGCCGUUUGAACCUGGUGGCUAGGUCUGGUAAGUCAGGAGCCUGGCGUGCAAAGACAAAUAACAACAAAGAAUGGCUGCAGAUCGAUCUUGGAAAUCCCACCACCGUCACUAAAGUAGCCACGCAAGGAAGGCAAAAUGCCGAUCAAUGGCCGACCAGCUACUCAAUAUCUUACAGCCUCACAGGUUCUUAUUGGGUCCAGUACACAGUGCGCGGUAAAAUAAAGGUAAUAACACUAUAUUACACCGGCCUCAGAAAACACUUAGUCACCUAAAGCAUCUCUAAAGUUGAAAAAUAGAAAUGAUGAAUGUUAAACUGUUGGCAACUGAAAAAAUCCUCGUCUUUCGGCUCGAAUAUAAAUAUAAAAAGACAUUCGUCAGUCAAAGCAUUGGUGAUUUAAAUGUUGAAUCAAAAUGAUGUUUUUAUUGAGGAGAUCAAGCUAAGGCACCGGCACCAAGCCCACUGUGUGUCGUGUGUACUUGAAAAAAAAGAAAGCCUGUUCACUGACAUUGGUACCCAGCCCAGAGCACCCAGAUCUCGUAAACAGAAUGCUCUGGCUCUUUGGUCAGCAGGGCUCUGGGUAAGAGAUUGGCGAGUAACGCGGCUUUCGACAACCAUCUUCGUUUUCUUCAAAUGGUGUAAAACAAACUAGAGAUAAAAAAAAUAUUCUAGCAAAAAAAUGGAUUGUUUCUUACUGUAACAAAAAAACCAAAGUGCUGGUUGUUAUUAAAUAUUCCAACACCUUUAUUUUUUAUAAUUCCUCUGAAAUUAUUUUAUGAUGUUUCGAUUUUAUAGGUCCUCCGGGGAAACUUUGAUCGUGACUCGAUUGUUGUCCAUGAUUUGUUCCCGCCAUUCCAUGCCCGCUUUGUUCGAAUCCAUCCUUUGAGCUGGUAUGGCUUUGUUUGUGUGCGUGCUGAGCUGUAUGGAUGUCCUAUUACGGUAAGAGUCCAGUAG